ACGCGCAUCGUCAAGAACGCGCCGACUCCGAGGGCGCCAGUGAGGCCGUUACGUGCGCGUUCUCGCGUGCGUGCGCGCGCGUUCCCGCAUUCGUGCGUAUGAUGCUGCUGUAGGGAGGAAGAUGGCGGAUGUUUGGAGUCCGGAGUGCAGCAGCAGGAGCGGCAGGAGGAGCUGAUAAAAGGGAAGCAUCACAAGGCAGCGACCAGACGACACCACAGGACGGAAAAAGGAGGACACGCGCCACAGCCUUCCCCAGGCAGCAUGUCUCGCUCCUCCGACAGCGAGGAUGGCUGCAUCGUUGCCAUGGACACAGAGGACGCCGGAGCGGCUUCCCCGGGGGGUCGUCUCCCUGACCGGAGCUUAAGCGCUGAGACGGAGACGACCGUCAGCUUGAACUGCACUAAGCAUCCUGGAAAAAGCUACCAGAGAGCCAUGGGCCAGCUGCCAGAGGAGGUGCUGGAGUACAUCCUAUCAUUCCUGUCCCCGUAUCAGGAGCACAAGACCGCCGCCCUGGUGUGCAAACAGUGGUAUCGCCUCAUCAAAGGUGUAGCAUAUCAGUGUUACCAUGGUUUCCUGAGGGCCGUCCAGGAAGGAAACAUCCAGUGGGAGAGUCGCACCUACCCUUAUCCUGGAACCCCCAUCACACAACGCUUUUCCCACAGCGCAUGUUAUUACGACUCCAACCAGUCGAUGUAUGUGUUUGGUGGCUGCACCCAGAGCAGCUGUAAUGCUGCGUUUAAUGACCUGUGGAGACUCGACCUGAACAGUAAGGAGUGGAUCCGACCUCUCGCUUCAGGCUCAUACCCGUCUCCUAAAGCCGGUGCCACACUGGUGAUGUUUAAGGACCUGCUGGUGCUGUUUGGAGGUUGGACCCGUCCCAGUCCGUACCCUCUGCACCAACCAGAGCGCUUCUUCGACGAGAUACACACCUACUCCCCUUCUAAAAACUGGUGGAACUGCAUCGUGACGACUCAUGGUCCUCCCCCCAUGGCUGGUCACUCUUCCUCUGUGAUGAAUAAUACGAUGGUGGUGUUCGGUGGCUCUCUCGGGGCUCGACAGAUGAGUAAUGAGGUGUGGGUUCUGGAUCUUGAGCAAUGGUCCUGGUCCAAACCCACCAUCGCAGGCCCGGCUCCACACCCCCGCGGAGGCCAGAGUCAGAUUGUGAUAGACAACGAGACUCUGCUCAUCCUGGGGGGAUGCGGCGGCCCAAACGCUCUCCUGAAGGAUGCUUGGUUGUUGCACAUGGGCACCCCCACCUGGUCAUGGCAGCAACUGCGAGUAGAGAACGAGGAACACGGAGCUCCUGAGCUCUGGUGCCACCCGGCCUGCAAGGUGGGUGAGUGUGUGGUUGUUUUCUCACAGGCUCCAUCCGGCCGCGCCCCUUUGAGCCCGAGUCUAAACUCUCGUCCCUCCCCUAUCAGUGCCACGCCUCCUCCUCUCGGCCCAGACACGCCCCCUCUGCGAUCACAGUCUCCUGUGCGCUCUGGCGCUGUCCUGGGCAACGUGGAGGAGGCUCCUUGUGUCAAUGGACGCUGGGGAACGCUCAGGCCACGCCCGGCAACCGUUAGAGGUGGAGCUAGAGAUGGAAGUCCCACCUCCUCACAGCAGCCAUCUCCUUCCCAGGCUCCAGACAGCCCACCUUUACUUAACGGCUCGUCCCCUUCCCCUCAUACCAGUCCCUCCCACCCGCACGGCCACGCCCACACACUUACAGAUUACGGAUGGGACUCUCCACCUUCUUUGGCUUCAUCGUCGGUGGCUCCGCCCUCCUUGGAUCAGCCGAGCACAAACGGCAUUCACACUCCGCCGGGCGCAGUUUCUCCCGCUGCCCUGCGCAGAGGCCUGGAAGCUGUCAGAUCCCUCGGGGCAUCGUCUCCUUCAUCAUCCUCAUCUUCUCCGAACCCUGUCCCUAGCCCCAGCCCGGCCUCUUCAAGCCCGCCACAGGUGGACGGACACUCGAUCCCUCCGAUCGCUCGUCGUCUGGGCCACUCGGUGCCUCCGCAGAGCCUGAACGUGGGAAAGCCUCUGUACCAGUCGCUCAGCUGCAAACCCAUGCAGAUGUACGUGCUGGACGUUUCUAGGGCCAAAACGGACGGCGUGGUGGCGUGGCGCGUGUUCGGCAGUGCCGCCGUCACCGGACCGCCCGAGACGAGCCUGCACACGGUGGUGCAGGGCAGAGGGGAGCUCAUCAUCUUUGGCGGCCUCAUGGACAAAAAACAGAACGUCAAGUACUACCCCAAAACCAAUGCCUUGUAUUUCGUACGUGCGAAGAGGUAAUGUGAGAGCGUGGAAAGGACACUGUGUGUGUGUGUGUGUGUGUGUGUGUGUGUGUGUGCACGUGAGAUUUGGGACGGUCAGCUUGGGAAUUUCUCCAGGUUCUGACCCGGACACUGCCCUCCUCAGACCUGCCUUUGAGGAAGAGACUGGAGCGUCUUGUGUGUCACAUCCCCAACACUAAUUCUUCAUCUCUCCUGAGAAAUCAGUUUUGACACAUAUAAAGGACACUCAAUGAUGAACUGA